GCCGUCACCGCCGCAGCAGCGCCAGGAGCCGCCGCCUCCUCCUCCUCCUUCCUCCUCCUCCUCCUCUUUCCUCCUCCUCCCGCAGCCCGCAGUCUCCGCGCCCUUUCCCCUCCCGGCCCCGCGAAGAUGGUGGACCGCGAGCAGCUGGUGCAGAAGGCCCGGCUGGCCGAGCAAGCCGAGCGCUACGACGACAUGGCGGCCGCCAUGAAGAACGUGACAGAACUGAACGAGCCUCUGUCCAAUGAAGAGAGGAACCUCCUGUCCGUCGCCUACAAGAACGUCGUGGGGGCACGGCGCUCGUCCUGGCGAGUCAUCAGCAGCAUCGAGCAGAAGACCUCCGCUGAUGGCAAUGAGAAGAAGAUCGAAAUGGUCCGGGCCUACCGCGAGAAAAUCGAGAAGGAGUUGGAAGCCGUGUGCCAGGACGUGCUGAGCCUGCUGGACAACUACCUGAUCAAGAACUGCAGCGAGACGCAGUACGAGAGCAAAGUCUUCUACCUGAAGAUGAAAGGGGACUAUUACCGCUACCUGGCCGAGGUGGCCACGGGCGAGAAGAGGGCGACCGUGGUGGAGUCUUCAGAGAAGGCCUACAGCGAGGCUCACGAGAUCAGCAAGGAGCACAUGCAGCCCACCCACCCCAUCCGGCUCGGCCUGGCGCUCAACUACUCCGUUUUCUACUACGAGAUCCAGAACGCCCCGGAGCAGGCCUGCCACCUGGCCAAGACGGCGUUCGACGACGCCAUCGCCGAGCUGGACACCCUCAACGAGGACUCCUACAAGGACUCAACGCUCAUCAUGCAGCUCCUCCGCGACAACCUAACGCUCUGGACAAGCGAUCAGCAAGAUGACGACGGUGGAGAAGGCAACAAUUAGACCCCCAGAUGGACUGGCAGCCGCACGCUGAUGCUAACUACUGCAGUCUUUAUUUUUUUCCCACGAGUGGGGGGGUCAGGGGUG